GUCCCCGGGGCGGAGGUGGAGGCGGAGGCGGAGGCAGAGGCGGAGGCGCCGUGAAAGACCUUGUUUGUUUUCUGGAUGCUGAGCCCCUUUGGGAUCUGGGGGUUUCUGUUGUCCCACGCACGUCAUCGCGAAGCUCCGUCUGAGGGUCCCGUUUCCUAGCCACGGUGCCCGUCCCUCCUGGAGGCACAGUGACGGGAGAGUGGGCGGUCUGGCUGCUGGGUGCCCGCGUUCCGCCAAAGAACCAGAAGCUUGAGUGAAAAUGGUACAUGUUAGAAGACAAGGAACAAGGAACAAUUCUAAAACUCAAGUGCCUGAGCAGAAAUCUCGAGUUGAUUGGAGGCGGACUAAAAGAAAUAGUAUCUCACAAUUAUUUGAUAGUGAUGAAGAGCUUGAUAGUGAUGAAGAGCUUGAUAAUGAUGAAAGUGUUGAUAAUGAAAGUGUGAGUAGUAAUGAAGAGCUUGAUAGUAACAAGGGUCUUGAGAGUAAUAAGAUACCGGAAAAUGAAAGAGACCUUAAAUUAAUUAAAGUUGAAAGUGAAGGAAAUAACGGUAAGCAUCUCACUAGCAUUGGCAACAGUUCAACAUAUGAAGAAGAAUUGAACAAAAACAAACAUAGCAGUAUUGACUUAACAGACCAUGAAAAGCAUCCAAGUCAAGAGGAGGAUGAUUUCAACAAACACACUGGACAAGUAAUAGAGGAGGAUUUAGAAGAAGAACACAUCAAGCGAGGGAAAAGAAAAAGGAUAUCCUCUGUGAUGUAUGACAGUGAUGAGAGUGAUGACAGUGAUAUCCUAGUUAGAAAAGUAGGUGUUAAACGUCCGCGUAGAGUAGUUGAGGAUGAAUGUUCUUCAGUCGAAAUGGAGCAAGAAAACCCUGAAAAAACAUUAGCUGCACGAAAGCAAGAACAACUCCAGAAACUGAAAGAACUCUCAAAACAAAGAUCUCGUCAGAGAAGCAAUAGUGGUAGAGAUUUUGAGGAUUCUGAAAAGGAAUCCUGCCCAAGCAGUGAUGAAGAUGAUGAGGAAGAGGAGGAUGAGGAGGAUGAUUAUGAUUAUGAUGAAGAUGGAGGUGAUUAUAUUAUUGAUGAUUUUGUAGUGCAAGAUGAGGAGCGUGAUGAAGAGAAUAAAAACCAGCGAGAAGAAAAAUUGACUACAUCACAACUGAAAUUAGUAAAACAGAAUUCUCUUUAUUCUUUUAGUGACCACUGUACUCACUUUGAAAGAGUUGUGAAGGCUCUUCUGAUCAAUGCUUUAGAUGAAUCUUUUCUGAGAACAUUGUAUGAUGGCACCAGGCAGAAAUCAUAUGCACAAGACAUGUUGACAUCUCUUCAUUAUUUGGAUAACCGCUUUGUUCAGCCUCGUCUAGAGAAUUUAACUUCUAGAAGUCGUUGGAAAGAGCAAUACAAGGAGCGGGUAGAAAAUUAUUCUAAUUUAAGUAUCCAUUCAAAGGAUGCUAAAAACUGUUCCUGCCAGGCUUGUGGAUUGCAUCGCUGCUGUAGAUAUUCAGUUCAUUUAUCAGGAAAGUUGUAUAACACCAGGACUAUGGAAACAGAUGAUUUCAUGUCACAUGAUAAACAGGUGUUUACUGUUGGCAGAAUUUGUGCUAAUCGUACCAGAAUUUAUCAUAAAUUGAAACAUUUUAAAUUCAAACUGUACCAGGAAUGUUGCUCCAUUGCAAAGACAGAAGAAGUUGAGGAUGAACAGGUUAAAGAAACAGUGGAAAGAAUUUUCAUUCAGUCAAAAGAAAGUGGCUGGAUUCGGGAGAACAGUUCUUGUGACCUGAGAGUGAAGAAGCACCUGGUGCCAAUCUGAGGAAAGGAUCUCAGCUGCCAGUUC